UUUGGUCUAUUUCACCUUCUCUUUCCAUUAACAAAAAGAGCCUCCUCAGCUGAGGGCGGAGCAAAUCGGACGCGCGUCCCCGUCCCUGCUGGCGCGCCCCCGUGCCGAGUCUCGUUAAGCAGAGCCAGUGGAGCUGUUCUCUGUGUAAAGUUCAGACUCCCCGGCAGCGUCGUGCGGUUUCCUGCUGUCACUUUUCUGUCCGCUCCAACAUGCGUUUCCUCCCGCAGACAUCAUGGGAUUUAUCCGCUCUGAGAGGAAACUAACCUCCGGCUCUGCUGCUGCCUGUGUCCGGGUUUUGCUCUCCUUCAGCCGGGGAAAUCCUGCAGCGCCUCUCUGAGCGUCUUUACCGACACCGAGCCGCUUUUUCCUUCCCGUUAAUUUAUUUGUUUCCUGUCGCUUCAUCUAUUGACUUCAGCAGCUCCGAGUGACAGUAUUUGUAAUUUCCGUUCACACAGCUGAAGAUGGAGACGGUGAUGGAGAGGGAGUGCAGCGCGCUGGGGGGGCUUUUCCAGACUGUCAUAGGAGACAUGAAGGGUAGUUAUCCUGUCUGGGACGACUUCAUCAGCAAAGCAAGCAAGCUACAGUCACAGCUCAGGACAACAGUCGUCGCCGUAGCAGCGUUCCUGGAUGCCUUUCAGAAGGUGGCCGACCUGGCGACCAACAGCAGAGGAGGGACCAGAGACAUCGGCUCAGCCCUCACCAGGAUGUGCAUGAGGCACCGCAGUAUCGAGGCCAAGCUCCGCCAGUUCUCCAUGGUGUUUCUGGACUGUCUGAUUAACCCUCUACAGGAGCAGAUGGAAGAGUGGAAGAGAGUAGCCAACACUCUGGAUAAAGACCACGCCAAAGAGUAUAAGAAGGCCCGUCAGGAAAUCAAGAAGAGAUCUUCUGACACUCUGAAGCUGCAGAAGAAGGCAAAGAAAGCUGAUGUAUUUGGCCGCGGGGACCUCCAGCCUCAGCUGGACAGCGCCAUGCAGGAUGUCAGUGAUAAGUACCUGCUGCUGGAGGAGACAGAGAAGCAGGCAGUGAGGAAGGCACUGGUGGAGGAGAGGAGCCGCUUCUGCUACUUCGUCUCCAUGAUGAAGCCCGUUGUGGAGGAGGAGAUGUCCAUGCUGGGGGAGAUCACUCACCUCCAGACUCUGACAGACGACCUGAAGACACUAACCAUGGACCCUCACAAGCUGCCCGCCUCCAGCGAGCAGGUAAUUGUCGACCUUAAGGGCUCUGAGUGUGCCUGGUCCUACCAAACUCCGCCCUCGUCACCAAGCACCACCGUAUCCAGGAAGUCAAGCAUGUGCAGCAGCCUCAACAGUGUGAACAGCAGUGACUCUCGCUCCAGCGGCUCACACUGCCACUCCCCAACCUCCCAUUUCCGUUACCGUGCCUCCUCCUCCUCUUCCUCAGUGCUCCCCCAGCAGACACCAGCCCGCCUCUCCUCGGUCUCCUCCCACGACUCUGGCUUCAUCUCCCAGGACGCCUUCCAGUCCAAAUCACCAUCACCCAUGCCCCCAGAAACCUCACAGUUGUCAAAUGGUUUUGACCAUCACGCUGCCCUCUGUCUGCACGGAGUGGUACUACAGGCCCAGGACACCCACCUCCAACCUCCAUACUUCACCUACUCCUCCUCCACCACCACCUCUCCUAUUUCCUUGCCCUCCUGUUCAUCUGUGUCUCCCACAUGGUCAUGGUGUCGCUCUGGCUGUGGCCAGUCAGGAGAGUUCCUGCCUCUCAGUCCCCCAGGGCUCGCAAUGAUCCCGUCAUCCAGAGUCCCGUCCUGGAAGGACUGGGCCAAACCAGGCCCUUAUGACCAGUCAAUGGUCAACACCCUGAAGAAGAGCAAAGACAGGAGAGAGAUUACAGAUCCCAGCAGCCACCAGGGCACUGACAUCACCACAUCAGGAGAGGAACCACAGGGGGUUAAAGGACGCCACUCUGUGACAUCAUCCAAGCAAGAGGAUAAAGAGGCCCACGAGGAGUUGGCCCGAGCGCUGGCCCGAGGCCUCCAGCUAGACAUCCACGGCUCCAGCAGAGACUCACUGCAGGGCUCCAGUGGCUACAGCAGCCAGACCAACACACCCUGCUGUUCAGAGGACACCAUCCCCUCACAAGUAUCAGACUGUGACUACUACUCUGUGGGAGCGGAUCAGGAGGGCGAGCAUCAGCAGUCAUCAGACUAUGAUAAAUCUUCCACCAUCCCCAGAAACAGUGACAUCAGUCAGUCUUACCGCCGCAUGUUCCAGUCUAAACGCCCUGCCUCCACUGCUGGGCUGCCCUCCAACCCCUCUGCCAUCAUCACCCCGGGAGUCGCCACCAUCCGACGGACGCCAUCCUCCAAACCAAACCUGCGACGGCCCUCCGGGGGCCUUAGCUUGGGCCCCAUCCCCAUCAAGCCCCCCAUGAUUCCAGUCAAGACCCCUACUGUGCCUGAACAUCCUGGUUUCCCCAGCAGGGCAGCAUCAGAGGAUGGCAACACACCACGAACCCCGCUCAGUCCCCCGACCACCCCUUUGUCACCAGGCUGCAGCGGACCACUUUCACCGAGGUCCAGCUCCUGGGAGACCCAGCACCAGAGCGAGGGGUUGGAUCCUCCCACCCCACCGCCGCAGCCCGGCGGCCGAGUGUCAGAAUGGGAGCGCCGGCCUCUCCCAGAGCUCCUGGAGGAGACAGAAUACAGCGAGGUGGAGGAUUUUCUGGUGGCUAUCCGACGAGGUGUCAGACUCAAGAGGACAUCGACCAAUGAUCGUUCAGCGCCAAGUAUUCACUGAGACUAGAAGAGCUGGUUUGACUUGCGCCAUUUUGCGUCCCUGGCUGAAUCUCAGCAAAUAUGCUCUUAAGGGACACAAAAUGGUUGUCAACAAGUAAAUAGGAGCUAUGACAUCAAAUGGACGGCAAGAAUGGGAGGAAGUUGCUCGGAGACUCUGAUCAAGCAUCAGUUUAGAAAUUACCUAACAAAACUUAAAAGGGAUGUUCGAUCAUAACACGGUGAUCUAAUUACAGAAAUUUAUAAAGGUAAGAAAUCAAAUAAAGCGCUUUCACCUUUUGGCCAAAGACAUAAUAUUUAAAUGAGGGAUAAAAACACUUCUGUUUGUGGUGUUGACAACAGUGAUUUUUGUGCGAGUUUUGGGUUUUAAAGCCUGUAAGUACAUAGUUUGAAAAGCUCCUUUCUGAACUCAAGCAAAGUCAGAGGAAAUCUGUCAAACUAAUGCGGAUAAAAGGUAGACAUUUCUUGUCCAGAUUUAGACUGCAUCCAACAAGAAAGUUUACCUUUCGUAAAGUAUCAGUGGACUCUCUUAGGCUGAGAAUUUUCCCCACAGUGCCAAAUUUUCUUGCUUUGGAAACUGACUAAAGCACCUCUCCCUUUAAAAACGAAACCUGCAGCCUCUUGCAAGUUGAAAACUGUCUGUAUUGCACCUGACCAACUCCAGUGAAGUUUCCCUCUGAGAUUACUACUGGGAACACUGGUGCUGAUCUGAGAUCAAUUCCCCUGGGCAACUUCAGUUUACAAAAGAAAAGGUGUGAAAGGACAUCCUUGUCGAACAAGUUGGACAAGGUCAUUGUUGUAGCAGACACUACUCAAAUGAAACAUUACGUAAAUGUUAACGCGUAUUGUAUUGGGAAGAAGUUACGAUGGGUGAUAUAUGGAAAAAUUCUGGAAGGAUUGAUGGAGUAUUUUCAAAUCAUUAUUUGUAUGUACAUAUUUAUAUUUUGAUGUGUUUGUAUAUUUUGUUUGUCAUACAUGCCCGUAGUUUCCCAUUUCCACUAAAGGUGCCAAAAGCCUGUGUGCUGAAUUUAACUUAAAUAUUGUAAAAAUUCUAUUUAAAUUGAAAUUAUGCUGGAUUUUUUUUCUAUUAAAAUAUAGGUGAGUGUUUGAUAGAGAAGACAGACUGAAAGAAAACUUGAGCUUCUACGCAAACUGAAAGAGUAAUUGUAAUUGUUAGGGUAGCACACUGAAGAAUGGCGAGUAAAUUCACAGUUAUCCUAAUAAUGACACGUACGGUAGAUUGACGUGCAUGUUCUUAAAGUUUUCUCCAGUAUAAAGAAUCCUUUUGGCUUUAUAUUAGAAAGUUCAGCAUAAUAUUCCAGCAGUGGAUAUGAAGAGUGGCGGAUUAGGAACUGCAGAUGCCAGCGUCUUAGUAGAUUAAGUGUGCUGUUAGCUUUUAACAAAAAACAUUGGGUCUCAUUCAUGAAACAUGAGCAGAACGAAUUUGUGUGUAAACUGUUUGCAGAAGGAAAUUUACGUGUAUUUCGGCAUUCAUUAAUAUGUUAGUAGCUCCGAUCUAUUCGUAGGUACCAACAAAAUCUACACCUGCUUCUGACUGCUUGUAGUACUUUUGUAUAUAGAUAGUACACAAAUAUUGUUUGUAAUUAUUAGAAAUUAUAAUUUUAUUUCAUAUUGUGCUCUGUUAUGUUCACAAUACUCAGAUGCCUUUGAUACAUGUAAGUUAAACAUGACAGGAGAUUAGAAAUAUAACACAUUUAGCUAAAUUAGUUGGUAUUUAGCAGAUUUAAGCUUCAGAAUAGGAUUCUUAAAAAUGUGAAUGAGUUAUUUAAAUCAACUUAUACAAAACUGAAAAACGCUGUUCUCUAAAUAAAUAAAAUAACAAACCAACAAGUUCCUCCUCUGCCCUCGUUAUACACUGCAGCCCCAAACUGAAUGUCAUCUUUGUUUAAUUUAAUUGUCACAGGCGCAACGUGGGAGACAUAAACAUUAUUUGUGUGAUGUGGCAGCUAUACGCUUCUUUAUAAUAUGACUUGUGGACCUGGGAAAACAAUUCAGCAUCUGUCUCCGCUCACACCGGGCAGCUGGUGAACCUGGAUCUGACAAAGAGUUGGAGGGAGACAGUGUGGUUUUACAUCUUACUUGCUAAACUUAACAGUGAGUUAUUGCCUACAUUAGACUGCCUGUAUUAAAAGGAUAGUGCACCGCAAAAUGAAAAUUUUCAU